AUGACGGCCUGGUACGCGGUUUGCCUGUGCCUCCGUUUCUAUCGUGGCUUCACUGGGCAGCCGCGCACUUCCGUGAUAUUGCAGUCAGUACUGUACAUGUCGAACCUGUUCCUGCAUUACUUAGUUGUAUUUCUGGUGGUGUGCGGCAAUUUCGCACUGAGUGGAUACAUCCUCUUUGGGGAGCAAGUGCCAGCUUGGUCCACUUUUGGCGGCUCUGUCAUAACUCUGACUCAAGUAAUGCUGGGGGAGUUUGACUAUGACGCCAUGCGAAAUGUAGCCCCUGUUCUCGCAAUGAUUUGGUGGUGGAGCUUCUUCCUGUCCACGACUGUGGUUCUUUCGAGGGUGUUAACUGCAGCUGUGCUGCAGCUUUUCUUGGAAGUUCGCCAGGCUCUGGGAGAGCCGGGGAUCGGGCUGCCACGACAGAUCCUGGCUGUUGCUAAGAACUUGUGGUAUCAGAGAUCUUAUGAAGGGUCCAUGAAGAGUGUUCCUGACGAUGACCUCUUGAAUAUGCUGGCACAAGACCUAGAUCCGGCUCAUGUGAAGAAGUUGAUGCAAAUGAAGACAGACCGACGGCUGUGCACACGAGAAGAUCUGGCAAAGGCCGAGAAGGACAUCAAAGUCGAUGUGGAGUUUUUGACAAAACGAGGCAUGGACCCCCUCGGGGCCGAGCGCCUCAUCGAGAGAACGGCCAACUGGGCUCUCAACAUUUCGACAACAACCUCGGCUACCAACCGCCUGAUGCUCCUCGUUGCUAAGCAGAUGGAGUACAUCACCACCGAGGCAGAUCGAAUCCAGCGCAAGAUCCGGACGAGGAUUGACCGGGCAGCGCAGUCGGCAGACCGGGUGGAUGUUAAGCACGCCAAGUGUGCGGCCCUUGCGAAGCGACUCCGACGUGCACAGCAGAUACCUGCAGGCUGGACAGCACACAGAGACGAAAACGGCCGCAGGUACCUCCGCCACGAGGAGAGCGGGCUGACUUCUUGGACAUUGCCAAGAGCCCUGAUUUGA